CGUUCGAUACGGAUUCUGGAACUAUUUCCAUCACGAAAAAGUCACGAGGCGGUCGCCAUCAAGCUUCUCGAGGUUUCACUGGAUGACCCUGCAGAGUUUGAAGCUCUGUCGUACUCUUGGGAGGGUCAACCACUUGAUCAAAACAUUUUAUGCGAAGGAGAGAGUUUCCUCAUUAGUGCAACUUGUCGAGCGGCCCUGGAGCGCUUGCGGCUAAAGCGAAAAUCGAGGAUGUUGUGGAUCGACCAGAUAUGCAUCAAUCAGAACUCUGUAGCAGAGAAGAGUUUACAGGUCGAGCUUAUGGGCGAUGUCUACAGCAAAGCAAAGCAAGUAAUUGUCUGGCUGGGA